AUGCGGGCAGCUUUUCUUCUUUCCGUUGUCGCUGCUCAAUUGGCCUGCGCUGAGCCUUUGAACGAAAGAGCCGAUGUCUCUAAGCAAACUCAAGGUGUCUCUUUCGGAUCUCCUCCUCAGCCAGUGAAAGCUUCCUUUGGGUUCGACUCUGCGGAGCUUUACAUUCCGCCGUUCAUAAAUGGAACUAAUGGGGCAAACAUCACUCGAAACUUCACAUUCGGUGACAUGGAUGAUGCCCCGAAUUCUUACACGGACCAUCCUAUAUUUGGAGAACAAAAAGUUGUGGUGAACGGUUUUGAACUUCAAAAUUUCACUUUUGAUGGUUGGCAUUCAGACUAUAUUUACGUUGGACUUUGUCUGGCGUUUACCCCGUGGAACCUAGAUUCCCCAGAAGAUUUUCAGAUUUCUACAAUUGAAUCUUUGAAGGAUUCGGGGUACAUCAAAUCCAGGUCCUUUUCUGUGUUCUACAAUACCAGUGCACUGGAACUUGAAGCCAAUGAAGUGUUGUUUGGCGCAAUAGACCACGGAAAAUACGAAGGACCUUUGGUGAAACACAAGCUCUAUAUGAAUGAGACAGUCGCCGGGGAAGGGUAUACCAUUCAUCCGACCCUCGCCAUGGAUGGCAUGGCGGGCUACAACUUUCUGGUUUCUGAGCAGAUUGUAACUCUUAUAACCGAUGAACAUUGGUAUCUUCCCCCGGAGUAUAUUGCAGCUUUGGAUACGUAUUUUCAAGACAGAUACGGGUUCAAUUUGACCAACGUUUCCUGUCUGAUCAUGGACCUGACUGAGUACAUCUCCUUUUACUUCAGUGGCGUCGAGUACCGUAUGUUGGACUCGGGAUUUUUUUCCUCAUAUGUCGAAAACGGAACCACGUUCUGCUACUUCCCGGGGGGAACGAUCGAUAGUAUUCUGUUCAAUUACGAAAUCAGCAGGAAAAUCUUCAGCCACCAUUACCUUGUGGUGGAUUAUGACCAUGAAGAAAUCGGCAUUGCCCAAGCAGCAACCAAAUCUAAUUCUCCAACUAUCGAGGAAUUGUCCACAGGCAUUCCCCUGGCCACCCCAGCAAAAUACUAUAGCUACACAUCGUUGGACGAGACUGUGGUAAUUCUCAGUGACUCGGAGUUUUACUUGACAACAUCAAUCAAUCCAUCUAACUACUCAAUGUACACAGGCGAACGGUUGGGCUGGAGUGCCACCGAGGAAUUUUAUCUUUCACAUACGAGUUCGUCCACUCCUUCCAAUUCCGUCACAUUGGUUAAGCCAACUGCAUCGUCGACGGCUGGAAACAGCACAAAAGCUAGUUCUUCCUCGAAAGGAGUUGGGGCUCUGAAGGGGGCCAGUGCUCUUACUUUUAUUGGUUGCAUUCUCGGUACUUUGAUGAUGUUUUAG